AUGUCUUUCCUAACCCAGCUACAAGGUUUCGAACCAGCGCCGCCAUCCGGGAGUGCCAACCAUCAGGAUGAUACCAACACCCCAAUAUAUGAGCAGAAUACCUUCUUCUUGAUUGAGAAGUUAUUGCGCCAAGAGCAACUAUCAAAAUAUUACCAAGGACAAUUAGAGUCUAAGCUUUACAACGAUUCUGCAGAAUACCAAAAGCUACGAGCCCAUUGCCUACAACUGGAGAGAGUGGUUUCUGGGGUGCAGCAACAAAAAUCGCACCUUGAAGCUUCGUUGGCCCAUACGGCAGAAGCCUGUCGGGUCAUGGCCAGGGACCUUGGCUUAGAGAGAACCAAAGUGCAAGAGCUGGAGACUCGUCUCAAUGAGUUGUAUCCAGCGAUUGAUUCAUUGCUUCAGAUAUUAACACCGGAAGAGAAUAAGGCCGGUCUCCAAGAUAAAGCAGCAAAUGGGCAUCUUCUGCUGGAAAAUCAACAACAACAAGAGUUGAUUGCGUACCUUCAGUCUACACUCCACGAUCGUGAGCAAGCCGUGAAAGAACUAAGGAUAUCAUUAGACCAAGCCAUCCAGGAGCUACGUGCAGGAGAUCCCAGUCAAUUUGAGCUAGGUAAUUACACCGUCGAUGGCGAAUCAAACGGCGAAUCUUCGGAAGGAUCGUGUGUUGAGAUCAUCACAGAGAAGCCUUCUUCUAGUGCGGAAGUGUGA